CACACUGCCAGCUCCCGAAGCUCCCUGUGUACAUGCACCACCACCGCAGCCUUGACCAGGAUGGCAUCAGCCCACACAAGAUGUGUCCUGACCAAGGCCUCGCAGCCUGCCUGCUGGAUGACUACCUGGGGGCUCCUGUUUCUGCUCUGGCCUGUGACCACAGGUACUCAGGCUUGCCCCAAGCCCUGUACUUGCCAGUCCUUGGAAACCAUGGGGUUAAAGGUGAACUGUGAGGGGCAAGGCCUUACAGCCCUGCCUGUGCUGCCACCCCACACUCGACAGCUCUUGUUGGCCAACAACAGCCUACGUUCAGUGCCACCAGGUGCCUUCGACCACAUGCCUCAGCUGUGGGACCUCAAUGUGACACACAACCCCUGGCACUGUGACUGCAGCCUCACCUACCUACGCCUCUGGCUGGAGGACCACACGCCCGAGGCCCUGCUACACGUGUACUGCGCCAGCCCUGACUUGGCCACCAGGCGCCCACUGGGCCAGCUGACAGGCUAUGAGCUGGGCAGCUGUGGCUGGAAGCUGCCACCAUCCUGGGCCUAUUCAGGGAUGUGGUGGGAUGUGUCACUAGUGGCUGUGGCUGUGCUGGGCCUGAUUCUGCUGGCUGGUCUAUUGAAUGCAUUUACAGAGUCCUGGAACUGAACCUAUCCUUUAAAACCAGGGAGAGUUCAGACCUAAGUCAGGUCCCCAGAAGCAUCAGCCCCAGUCAGCCCAUGCCAUCAAAAGCCCACAGGGCUGAGGCCACUCAGUGGGCAAGACACUUGCUGCCCAGUCUAAAGACCUGGGUUCGAUCCCCAGGAGAGAACCGAAUCUCACCUCCACAACCUUGCCAUUCACGCACAACAAAUAAAUAAAUGUAAUUUUAAAAGAC